AUGGAGUCUCGCUCAAAGUUCGCAUGCCUCAACAUCGACGAUGAUUCCGAUGAGGAGUUCACCAGGGUAUCUAACAGCAAGGCUGCCUCCAAGAAAGGUGGCCAGAACGGAAUGGGCGGCCCAAAGGUGAAGAAUGGCGGCAAGCUCGUAGUCCAUGCCAUCGAGAAGAGGCCAAAACCAAAGAAGGGAAAUAAGGAUAAGGUUGUAGAUCCAGCAACGGGUCUAGUUGUCCAGGGAGUCGAUGAAAACUAUGCGUCAGAACAGAAAUAUCGCGAGGAUCUCAAGCAAGCUUUGAGAGAGAGUUCUCAGAUGGCUGCCAAGCAGAACACACAUUCGAGUCCCAAGGAGAAGCCCCCUCCUGUGGAAGUCAAAACAGAAGAGAGUCCUUCCGUUGUCGAUCAAAUACUGGCAUCCAUUGACGAGGAAUCACGAAAGCAGGGGGUGAAGUCAUCUCCUGGCAGCACAACGGAUGCUGAUCCACUGGUUAUUGCUUUGUAUAGAAGCAAACUUUCUGAAGCAAUUGAAGAAAUGUUGAAAGCGAAUGAGAAAGUGCAGUCGGCACAAGCAGAAGUUGAUAAAUACAGAACGAAGUACAGGAAGUUGGUCGAGCUCUUCCGUGACACUGAAGUCACUGAAAAAGCGAAAUUAGUUAUGGAUCUGGAAAAGUCUCGAACUUCUGAAGCAGAGCUGGCUUCGCAGCUGGUCGUAACCCAGCGAGAAUUAGAACAGUGUAAAAGCAAACUGAGGGCUUUAGGAGCCUUGGUAAGUUGA